CAAAACAAAGUUAGCUUCCUCCACUUCCUGGUCGGUCUCGCGCACUGAGACGCGAAGCAAGAACAAUCAAUACUAAUCCAAAUCCAAAUUCCCCGAUUUCUUCUGAACCAAAACCCUAAAACUCACCUACCUUCUUCUUCUUCUUCUCGCUUGAGAGAGAUGGCCUCUUCGAUACCUCUAAAGCCCACGAACCUUCUCCUCUCGUCUUUCUCCACAAGCAGAGUCCUCCAUUUCCGCCCCUCCCGUUUCAGCCACAGACCGUCGUCUUGUCGCCGGACUCUGGUGGCUCAAUUCGGGUUCAGACCAGGUUCGUUUCCCGACCCAGGCUUGUCUCUCGAUUUGAUCAAGGACCAUGCCGAGAAUCUUCUCUACACCAUCGCUGAUGCCGCCGUUUCGUCCUCUGACACCAUUGAAUCCGUCGCUGGCACUACUACCACAAAACAGAACAGUGAUUGGUUCUCUGGUAUUGCCAAUUACAUGGAAACUGUUCUCAAGGUUUUGAAAGAUGGGUUAUCAACUGUACAUGUACCUUAUUCAUAUGGUUUCGCUAUCAUUCUACUCACCGUGCUUGUUAAGGCAGCUACGUUCCCAUUGACGAAAAAACAGGUUGAAUCUGGCAUGGCCAUGAAGUCGUUGCAGCCUCAAAUAAAGGCUAUUCAAGAACGGUAUGCCGGUGAUCAGGAGAAAAUUCAGCUUGAAACUGCCAGAUUGUAUAAACUUGCUGGAAUAAAUCCACUUGCAGGCUGCCUCCCCACACUAGCCACAAUACCAGUUUGGAUUGGGUUAUAUCGAGCUCUCUCAAAUGUUGCAGAUGAGGGACUUUUAACGGAAGGCUUUUUCUGGAUUCCAUCACUUGCCGGUCCAACAACUGUUGCUGCAAGACAGAGUGGCAGUGGAAUUUCAUGGCUGUUCCCUUUCAUUGAGGGACACCCACCUCUCGGAUGGUCAGACACAUUAGCAUAUCUUGUCUUACCUCUAUUGCUCGUCUUCUCUCAGUACCUCUCCAUUCAGAUUAUGCAGUCCUCGCAAUCGCAGAGUAAUGAUCCAGCCAUGAAGAGCUCACAAGCGGUGACGAAGUUUCUUCCGCUGAUGAUUGGCUAUUUUUCACUGUCAGUUCCUUCUGGUUUAAGUCUUUAUUGGCUAACAAACAACAUUUUGAGCACAGCACAGCAAGUAUGGCUUCAAAAGUAUGGUGGUGCCAAAAAUCCGAUGGAGAAGUUGUCUAAUUUGGUCAUGAAGGAAGAUAAAACUCAGAAAGCUGAGAAGUCUAUUUCAGAACCGCUAGUUCAGAAGUCUGUUUCAGAACUGAAAAUACCAAGAGAGAAGAGUGGUGAAAAAGUGACUUCAGAAGGGCCUAAGCCUGGUGAAAGGUUUAGGCUGCUCAAAGAGCAAGAAGCAAAGAGACGUCGAGAAAAAGAAGAGGAGAGGCAGAAAGCUGAAGCAGCUCUGUCAAAUAAAAAUACAGACAGCGCACAGGAACAGGAUGGAAAAUCUGAUACAGUUGAUAUCACUGAAGGAGAAAACCAAAAAACAGAACUUUCUGCAGUGGAAGAAACAGCUGAUGGCUCUGUCGCUGUGAAUGGGAAGCCAUCCAAUCAAAAGGACGAGACUACGAAUGGGAAAUUCGGCGUUGGCCAUGAAACAGAACAACACCAUUCUCAUGAAACAUAGAAGAGGUAAACACCAAAGGCGAAGUCAAACAAAGAAAGAUGAAUUGAUUUGUAUAAGACAGGAGGAGGAAUCUCAUAACUCGACCGUAGCCCCUCUGCAACAAAGUUCAAAGUCUAUAGAUCUUAAGAGUGGGAAAGGCUGGUCUUUAAGGUUUAGAGUUUGUGCAGAGACCAUAGGAAAUGGCCAAAUUGGUCUUUGUAAGUCAUAAAAGCUUGAUUCAUGUUCCUUACAUUCUCAUGCAUAAGAAGAAACACGUUUAUCCACA